AUGUGGGUGGAUGAUAAAGAAAAAGCAUUAGUGCGGAGAAGAAGCUGUGGAAUUUCAAUAACGAAAUCAUCCUUUUAUCCCCAAAAAAAAGUUGAAAUUUAUAAACCUGUUUUCACAUAUUUUUUGGAUAUUAGGAUGGGAGUGUUUGGAUGGAUGUUGAUAUCGAGAUAUGUUAACAAUCCCGAAUCUUAUCAGCAAGCUAUUCUAAAUGAAUGCGCAAAAUUAUGGAACGCUAAUGUUUGCAGUCAAUCUCUGAGCCUUAGUGGAGUCUCAGCAUACGACCGUGAAUGA